GAGCACAAAAACAGCUGGUUCGUCAUCGACGGGAAGAAAGGAUCGUGGAAAGUUGGCGUGGGAAAACAAUGAAAUGAUUAUGAAACAGGGCUUGGUUAUAAGAAGUUAGUCACAACAUGGAGGAAUAAAAACACAAUCAGUCACUCCUGUGUUGCAAGUGAGUCCAGUUACAUGGGCCAUACUAAACUGUGUUCUGACUGAAGUUUAUUAAACUCAAGAGAAACGUCGUUCGGCAAAUAAAUCAAGCAAUGGCUGACUGCUGUGAGGCGCAGGUAAAUUGCUGCUUUAAAGGCUCGUCCUGUGCCUGUGCUUGUGCUCCCAUUCGUGAAUCUACAAGCACCAGACUCCUGUAUGCCAUAUUCUUCGUCUGUGGUUUUGUCUUGUCCUGUGUGUUUGUGUCAGAGACUGUGGCAGAAACACUUCCCAAAUAUCCUAAGCUGGCCGAGUUUUGUCUGAGUAUCGGUGCUGGUGAAGGCUGCAGCAGGCUGAUUGGAUAUGCCUCAGUUUACCGUGUGUGCUUCUCCAUGGCCAUAUUCUACUUCAUCAUGCUGGGCAUAACGGUUGGUGUACGGACGAGCAAGUCGUGCAGAGCUGCCAUACACAAUGGGUGUUGGUUCUUCAAGGUUCCAGUGAUGCUAGGCCUGGUGGUAGGCUCCUUCUUCCUCCCAAUCUCAGACAUCAUGCUGACGGUAGCACUGUACAUCGGCUUCACUGGUGCUGUUCUCUUCAUCUUCAUGCAGCUCUGGAUGCUGCUGGAUUUUGCCGGGACGUGGAAUAAGAGCUGGUCGGCAAAGAUUGACAACAACGGGUCAGUGUUGUGGUAUGUUGCCUUGAUCUUCUUCAUGAUUGUCUUCUACAUCGUCGCCAUCGGCCUGCUGGUCUUUCUGAUCCAUUUCUUUGGAGCUGGUGUGGAGUGCAUCCGUAACCUCCUGUUCAUCUGCUUGAGUGGCGUACUCUGUGCGUUCAUCAGUGUGUUCUCUGUCGUACCCUGCCUCCCCAAAAACUAUCCCCGAGGUGGUUUACUGCAAGCCUCCAUUGUAUCCGCAUACAUCAUGUACCUGACAUGGUCUGCACUUCUUGUGGAGCCACCUAUGGAAGUUAAAACCCUGUUGGUUGCUAAUGGGACGCAGAGCACGUACAACACGACCUACGUCACCUGCGGCCUGGGUAGUGGUUUCGCAUCGACAUUCAUCAUGAAUAGCAUGCAUACUGAGCUGAUCAACGCUGUAGUGGCUGCACUUCUGUUACUUGGCCUAGUACUCUAUGCAUGUUUUCGGUAUGCUGGGAAUGCCCUCACUUACACCAGCUCCAGCAAUGAUCACAGAAAUGCUCCACCAAGGAAAAGUGUGAGUUCCAGCAUGUGCUGUUUUGGUUCUUCAUCCAAAAAGCACAGAGAUGAAGCUUUGUCUGAGUCACGGCCAGUGAGUUGGGGUCUGAUACACAAUGAGAGCGAAGGCGUCAUCUACAGCUAUUCCUUCUUCCACCUGACCCUCGUGCUGGCAUCUCUGUAUGUCAUGAUGACUCUCACCAACUGGUACAGACCUGAAGAAGCCACCCUGGAGUCCCAUCACCGUUCCUGGCCCCCCUUCUGGGUCAAGCUAGGCUCCAGCUGGCUCUGCGGUAUCCUGUACUUCAUCAAGAUUGUCACCAUCAUGCGUUGCUGUGAGGAGGACGCCCCCAGUCGGGAAGCGGUGGUCUACAGGCAGGCACGGGGGCGGGGUGCCUCCCGUAACUCGGGAGCAAGCCAAAAUCGAAGGAGCACGACAUCAAUGUAACUCACAACUCCAUCUCAAGUCAACCUUUCCAGACAUUGAAAAACCGAAAUUGCAGUGAUGGUGCAAUCUUCAUCAAGGUCUGUUUAUAAUUUGUUUUUAAUACAGUUUAGAAUUUAAUUUCAUUGCAACUUGUUUCAUGCAAUCAUGGCCCUGCUUAAAUAAGAACAAUAAUUUGUUUCCUUUGUAUUUUCUGUUGAUUUUUUUUAUUACAAAUGUUUACGAUUUAUAUUUUUUUGUUGCAAUCUGUGUCACACAGGGUCUGAAAAUGUUGAGAAUCGCAAGUGAUGGGUUGUUUUACAUGUACCUUGAUCGCUUUGUCAGAAACAUGGCAAUGUUGUUUAGCGUUGCAGUGUUGUGUCACUAAAAGGGAAUAUACAACAUUUGCUUUGCUGUAAUUUUCAGAAAAGGAUGGACUUGGGGGGUUAGUAUUGUUACACUGACUUGUUGGAAGUUUUGUGU